UUUAUUAUCAUCUUUGAAAAAUUAAGAGAAAUUUAUUGUGUUAUUAUUUUGUGUUUUUGAUGAAGACAUGCUCUUGUUCCAUAUUUGAUCCUUGUGUUCGUCUUGUGUACCCUGAGCUGACUAGGUAACCCUCUGAGAGCUGAGCACCUCCAGGAUCCACACAAAAGGCGUGUGAUGCGUUGGCUUCCUUCUAAGCCUCUUAGUGUAGGGAAGUGCCGUUGCCCCAAUGUCACAGGUUUGACUCGCUGCCAGAAAGACGACAAAAGACGGAGCCGAGGAGAUCCGGAGGAGAUGGAUGAGCUGCUGUUGCCAGGCACAGAGGAGGAGGCUCGCUCCGACAACAGUUCUUAUGCUCCGGGCCUGGAGGGGAAAAAGAGCAUGGGCGACCGGAUCAAGGCUUUCCUGCAGGUGACGGUGAGCAGGGAGCUGAAGAACAGCAUCAGGACCUUCUGCAAGAGGAACGGUCUCCUCACCCUAUCGGUCAUUGCUGUGCUGACCGGCUGCACCCUGGGAUUCAUGCUGAGGGGGACUCAGCUGUCCACACAGGCCAAGAUCUAUUUCUCAUUUCCUGGAGAGCUGUUGAUGAGGAUGUUGAAGAUGCUCAUCCUGCCACUCAUCACAUCCAGUUUAAUGUCAGGUUUGUCGUCCAUGGAGUCCAAAGCUUGCUGCAGGAUGGGUGUGCUGACGGUCACCUACUACCUGUGGACCACCUUCAUCGCUGUGGUGGUUGGCAUCGUGCUGGUCAUCAUCAUCAAACCCGGCGUCGGCACGGAGAUGGAGAGCAACCGCCUCGGUGGGGGACCUGUAAUGACAUCAGCAGACGCCUUGCUGGACUUGAUCAGGAACAUGGUUCCCUCCAACCUGAUAGAGGCCACAUUUCAGCAGUACAAAACAGACCUGGUCCCCAUCCUCAAAGUUCCAACCAAAACCAUUCAGCCUAACUUUGUCUAUGUGGUCCCGGACGACAGCGACCCCAAAGGUCGGACAGUCUACUUGGAGUUGACCCCACCACCGGAGGUCAUUUAUAAGACGAGUCCCGGCACAAGUCAGCAGAUGAACGUUCUCGGCAUUGUCAUCUUCUCCGCCACAAUGGGACUUUUGCUGGGCAGAAUGGGAGAGCGAGGAGCUCCACUGGUCAACGUCUGUCAGUGCAUCAAUGAGUGUGUGAUGAAAAUCAUCAACGCCGCCGUGUGGUACUUCCCCUUUGGCAUCAUCUUCCUGGUUGCCGGCAAGAUACUGGACAUGCAGGACCCGAGCACACUGGGCAAGAAGCUCGGCUGGUACGGCAUCACGGUGCUCGCCGGCCUCUUCGUCCAUGGGCUCAUCCUGCUGCCGCUCUUCUACUUCCUUCUCACCCGGAAAAAUCCCUUCACCUACAUCCGUGGUCUCCUGCAGGCCAUGGUGAUCGCUCUGGCGACCUCCUCCAGCUCCGCCACGCUGCCCAUCACCAUGAAGUGUCUGCUGGAGAACUGUCAUGUCGACCGCCAGAUCGCUCGCUUCGUGCUGCCGGUGGGCGCUACCAUCAACAUGGAUGGCACCGCUCUGUAUGAGGCUGUGGCAGCCAUUUUCAUUGCACAGGUCAACGACUAUGAGCUGGACUUUGGCCAGCUGGUGACCAUCAGCAUCACAGCCACAGCGGCCAGUAUUGGUGCUGCUGGGAUUCCACAAGCCGGCCUGGUUACCAUGGUGAUCGUGCUGACGUCUGUGGGUCUGCCAGCUGAUGACAUCACGCUCAUUGUGGCCAUCGACUGGAUACUUGACCGGUUCAGGACCAUGAUCAACGUUCUGGGCGACGCUCUGGCAGCAGGAAUCAUUGCUCACCUGUGUCGGAAAGAUUUUCCUCUCAGCGGGACAGGAAAGACCGUCCCGUCCUACGGCACCCAGAACCCUCACAACAACUCUCACAGUGUUGACGUGCCAAUGACAGAGAUUCACACACACAAGGACUGCAUGUACGAGACCAUGGGCGACUCUGUGAGCGAAAGGCAUGCGCACACCGUCUACUACAAUAUCUGUCAGGUGUGAGCAAACCAGCUCACUCGCCACAAUCCUUACCGCCGAAAUCACACGGUGCCAUCUGAUGGGACGCAGGCGUAAAAGAGACAUACCAAAGACCAGGAGCCUCUCAUUGGUGAUUUGACUUGGGGAUCGCUCAGCCGAAACCGCUGUUCUAGGAAGGAGGACCUGUUAGGCUGAUCGUUCUUCUUUCGCUAUCGAAGAGUUUGCACCAGAGGAUUAUGGGUACAUGGUGAACAGAGAAGAUUCUACAGUUUAUUUAAAGCCUUCUUUAUCUGUCUGGACUCUUGUCAGGCCGCCAUUUUCUUUUUGUUUUUUUGUUUUUUUUUAACGCCUGCUGUUUGGAAACACAUCAUCACCUCUUUUCAUUUUAAUACUUUUGGAAAGUGUAUCAUUACCAGGUCUGGAACUUGGUUCUUCAGAUACAGAACAGAAAAUCGUAUUUAUUUAUCUAGUUUGCAAUGGCAGACUGAACAUCCAACCCUGUAUCUAUAGUUCUGGCUGAAUUGAUUGUGUCAUUUGGGUCCCACCACUUGGGAGUUGCUUAAAAAAACCUAAUAUAGAUGGAAGAGGGAUUGUCCAGACAUUAUCAAACUUGCCACCACUUCCACUGCUCUGAUGCGUCCUAAAGACCCAACGUGUGGACGAUUGAACUUCCCCUGGUGCUCUGUCACCCAGGCUGGCUGGGUCACUGGCAUCUAUAGUUCAAGAGGCCGAAUGAGACGGCAACAUCGAUCCAAGUGCUCUUUGUACCUGAAAGCAUGCUGGCAUGCAAUCCUACCGGCUUCAUGUGAAGCCCUAGUGCAUUAAUGCUAUUUUUCUCUGUGUUUUUUUUACCUGAAUGUUGAACCAAGUGCAGGAAACAUUUCUUUGUUGUCAUGCCUCCAUUGGAUCUAGUUUAUCUAGAACUAGUUUACUCUGAAGACAUAGAUAUUUCACUAUCAAUCAACACUAGCUCCAUUGCCUCAAGUUGUUUACAUUGUGUGGGAUCAUUCUUAUGACCUGUUCUCCAUGAGGGCGCUAUUUUACUCUCUGUAACUGUGAUUCAUAGAUCUGCCUUAAUCUGACUUGGUUCAAUCUGAAACCUUGACGUUCACCUGCCAAGCAAAAACUUCAGCAACACACUUUUGAAUUACUCUCUAUG